CCUCCUCCGUUCCGUGUACACAUCACAACUGUGCAAGUGUGCAGGCGGCCAAGAUCACCUGGCAGAUCAGCCCUAUCCAUCGGUCCAAGCCUCCGCCUCCGCCACCGACGUUAACAUUAACACGGACGUUGCAUGUUAAUGUUUAUGAGCCCAUUGAAGUUAACCGCCGGUGGCGGAGGAGCCUCGUGGUGUGCAGGUUGAGGCGGAGGCUGGACGGGGACCGCGGGCUGCUGGACGGGGACCGCGGGCUGCUGGACGGGGACCGCCGGCUGCAUGACGGGGACGGGCGGCGCCGACACUGGCUUUCUGCGGGCCCUUCCGCGGGUUCUCAGGGCAGGGCCUUCAUUUGCCAUGUUUCCGUUUGAAUUUUGACAGUUAAAUGUGCUGAUUAAAAUAUUAAUUCUUGUUGUUCGAUUGUUGCUUUUGAAAAAACGGCUUUGUUAUAUGGAUAUUGCAACAGACGGGAAAGUGGAUUGGAAAAGGUCAAUUAAAAUCCAAUUGUUGCCUGCAUAGAAAUUUACAUUGAUCAUAUAUGGUGGAAGGCAAAACUGUGUUUUUUUUUCAAUGCUCACUUUUUCCCAUAUAUAAGGGAAUUUCAUCGAGUUUUUUUGAGCUCUGAAGCCACUUAUUCAAAUUCAGAAUAAUUUUUAUUUCAUUAUAUAUAUAUUCAGCAGAUGGAUAUUUUGUUGCGUAAAAUAUUUUUAUGUCUCAACAAAUUUUCUUAAUUUUACUCUUGUAUUGUAUUAAAUUUUUUAAAAAUUUCAUAGGACCUUGCUUCGAUGCUGUCAGUUACAAAAAGUAAAUUCAAUAAAGGACAUGUGUCUCAAGCUGGGUUUGGCUGAGCUUUCAAACGAGGCUACAAAUUUGAUGACAAAGUUUGAUCAGACGCAGGAAGAUGAAGAAGUGAAUCAGCCAAUAUACUUCACAGGCGCAAUUUGGGUUGUGGCUAAGUCAAGGAAAGUGUCAAUUGAGAAGACGAAAAUCCUCGAGUUGGCCACAACGGGUAAUUGGCCCACAUUUGAGGCUGUGGUGACAAUGAUGAAGAAGCUCCAUGAUACUAACAGCCUCCUCAACAGUACCAAAAAGCCGAAAAGAAAACAUGUAUACCAAGAAAUCAUAGACAAUAUAAAUGAAAAAAAUGCUCAAGAAGAAUAUCAAAUGUCUGAAGACGAUGGUAGCGAUGAUGAAGAGUAUGAAGUGUGGCACGAAAGAAUGAUAAACAUGGCCCGUGAGGAAAUCAAGCUUGCUUCCAAGAAAGCAAAAUAUGAAGCAGGCAAAAAAUAGAAAUUAAUCGUGUUGACUGAUGUGUACUGAACAUAACGAUCAUUAAGUUGUGGAUUUUAAGAAACUUUAAAUUUAUUAUUUCAGCAUG